CCGCGGAGCGCAGCUGAGCCGAGAGGAGAGCAGAGUUUACCGAAUACAUGAGCCGGUGUGUCCCGGUGUCGGAAAUUACCGCACAGCACUCUGGGAUUUACAUUUUCAACCGGACAAGUGGCUGCAGGUUGAAGCUGCCUCUUUGCCUUUCUGUGAGAGGAGCGACUUUGACAAGACGUUUACAGGAGCGGCCAGUUGCAGCCUAGCUGAAGAUGUCUGAUAAUGGGGAGGUCGAGGACAAGCCCCCAGCUCCGCCCAUGAGGAACACCAGCACCAUGAUUGGUUCCUGUAACAAGGACCCCGCCCCCCUCAACCAUGGCUCCAAGCCCCUCCCGCCAAACCCAGAGGACAAGAAGAAGAAAGACCGAUCGAUCCGAUUCAUCCUGACGGGAGGAGGCGAUAAAACCUAUAAGAAAAAGGAGCGUCCAGAGAUUUCUCUGCCAUCUGAUUUCGAACACACCAUCCAUGUCGGCUUUGAUGCUGUUACUGGGGAGUUUACUGGCAUGCCAGAGCAGUGGGCCCGGCUCCUGCAGACAUCCAACAUCACUAAACUGGAGCAGAAGAAGAAUCCUCAGGCGGUCCUCGAUGUUUUAAAGUUCUACGACUCAAAAGAAACGACCAACAGCCAGAAAUACAUGAGCUUUACAGAUAAAAACGUAGAUGCCUACAGCUCCUCCACCACAACGAGCUCCAAGGCCGUGUCGGAGACGCCAGCCAUAGCAACCGUAUCCGAGGACGACGAUGAAGAUGAGGCCGAACCCCCACCGGUGAUCGCCCCCCGACCAGAACACACCAAAUCAAUAUACACUCGCUCAGUGAUUGAGCCUCUGCCUCCUCCUCCGACCAAAGAUGCUGCAACGUCUCCCAUCUCACCACCGACGGCCGCUGCUGCCGCUGUCACCCCGGCUGCCCCUGCAGACGGAGCUCCCAGCAGUCCUCCAAGCGCAAGCCCCGCCCCGGGUCCUUCUGUGCCCCGCCCCCAGGACAAAACCAGGAAGAAGAAGAUGUCAGACGAGGAGAUCCUGGAGAAACUACGGACGAUUGUUAGUGUGGGAGACCCCAAGAAGAAAUACACACGCUUUGAGAAGAUCGGACAGGGGGCUUCUGGGACGGUGUACACAGCUAUAGACAUCGCUACAGGACAGGAGGUGGCCAUUAAACAGAUGAAUCUGCAGCAGCAGCCGAAGAAGGAACUGAUCAUCAAUGAGAUUCUGGUGAUGAGGGAAAAUAAGAACCCAAACAUUGUUAACUACCUGGACAGUUACCUGGUGGGUGAUGAGCUGUGGGUGGUGAUGGAGUAUCUGGCAGGAGGUUCGUUAACUGACGUUGUCACAGAAACCUGCAUGGACGAAGCCCAGAUCGCUGCUGUGUGCAGAGAGUGUCUCCAGGCGUUGGAGUUCCUCCACUCAAACCAAGUCAUCCAUCGAGACAUCAAGAGUGACAACAUCCUGCUGGGCAUGGACGGCUCUGUCAAACUCACUGACUUCGGGUUCUGCGCCCAGAUCACUCCAGAGCAGAGUAAACGCAGCACCAUGGUCGGGACUCCAUACUGGAUGGCUCCGGAGGUCGUGACCCGUAAAGCCUACGGCCCCAAAGUGGACAUCUGGUCCCUGGGCAUCAUGGCAAUAGAGAUGGUGGAGGGGGAGCCGCCGUACCUGAAUGAAAACACACUCAGGGCACUGUAUCUCAUAGCAACCAAUGGUACGCCAGAGCUGCAGAACCCAGAAAAGCUGUCAACGAUAUUCAGAGACUUCCUGAACAGAUGUCUGGAGAUGGACGUGGAGAAGAGAGGCUCGGCUAAAGAGCUGCUGCAGAACAAUCUUUUGAAAUGGAAGCUGACGAAACGUUGA